UGAUGCAGGCCACCAGCAUUACCUUGGCCUUCCGGGUGCUUCCUGUGCUUGUCGAUGGGACCGUGGCCGUGGCUCACGUGGCCCGAAGUUUCCGAGUCUUCCUCAGUCUGGAUGCAUGUUGGUGGCCAAGAUGCAAGAGUUUAAGUGACACUUCUCCAGAUGAAGGGUUAAUAGAGGACUUGACUGUGGAAGACAAAGCUGUGGAGCAACUGGCAGAAGGAUUGCUUUCUCACUACCUGCCAGAUCUGCAGAGAUCAAAACAAGCCCUGCAGGAACUCACACAGAACCAAGUUGUAUUAUUAGACACACUGGAACAAGAGAUUUCAAAAUUUAAAGAAUGUCAUUCUAUGUUGGAUAUUAAUGCUUUGUUCACUGAAGCCAAACACUAUCAUGCCAAGUUGGUGAAUAUAAGGAAAGAAAUGCUGAUGCUUCACGAAAAGACAUCGAAGUUAAAAAAAAGAGCACUUAAACUGCAGCAGAAGAGGCAGAAAGAAGAGUUGGAAAGGGAGCAGCAACGAGAGAAGGAAUUUGAAAGAGAAAAGCAGUUAACUGCCAAACCAGCGAAAAGGACAUGAAAAGUUGAAUGUGUGUGUGUGUUCUUCCCUCCCCUGUCCACGUGCUUUGCAUUUAAGAAGACUUAAGUGCAGACUGAAGUUAAGGUAGUGCCUUAUACCAUUGUGUCCUGUUUUGAAAUCCUUUCCCCAGGAGUGCUGUCUCUAUAUGUUCAUUUUAGCCAUUUAAGAGCUUCUUCCUCCCACCCACCCCCAAGUAAAAGACAAUGUCACUUGGUUGGAUAUUUAUGGGUAAUUUUUUAAUUUCUGUUUUACUUAAUUUUAAAAUUCAUUAUUUUGGCCUUGAGUCAUUUAUGAACUGGAAAAUGGUUUGAUUGUUUUUUUUUUUAAUAGAUUUUAAGUGGUUAAAAAUUAGUAUGAGUGUUUUAGCUUCUUAAUAACUGUGGAA